AUGGAUCAGAAGAAGGUCAUGAGGUCUCACUCGUCACCGUGGCGUGGAUUGGCGGCGCGACGGCGGUGGUGUCAGGCGGCCGCGCGGCCGACGACCGUUCUUGUGAUCGCGGUGACCGUGUUUGCCCCGCUGCUCCUGGCCGUCGUCCUCUUCGGCUUCCGGGUGACGCCCUCGGGCGCCAACAGUACCUGGGUCUCGGCCGGAGUACGCGUCGUCCUCAAAGCCGUGUCCGACCAAGGCACCGGUCGUGGUCCAUUGGCGACGGUGCCGGAUCCCAGCGACCGGCUGCUGGGCGGCCUCCUCUCGCCGGACUUCGACGAAAGCUCCUGCCUCAGCCGCUACAGCGCCGCGCUGUACCGCCGGCCGUCACUGCACGCCGUUUCCUCCUACCUCGUCUCCGCUCUACACCGCUACGAGUCGCUGCACCGCCGCUGCGGCCCCGGCACUCCAGCCUACGCGCGCGCCGUCGAGCUCCUGCGCGCGAACGCCUCCUUUGCUACUUCGUCGUCCUCCGCCGCCGCCUCCGGAUCAUCGUGCAGCUACGCCGUGUGGACCCCGAUCGAGGGCCUCGGCAACCGCAUCCUCUCCAUCACCUCGACCUUCCUCUACGCGCUGCUCACCGACCGCGUCCUGCUCCUCCACAGCAGCGGCGACGACCUCCACGGCCUCUUCUGCGAGCCGUUCCCGGGCUCGACGUGGAUCCUGCCGGCGGCGGACAAGGACAACAAGGACGACUUCCCUAUCCGCGGCAUCGAGAAGCUCACCGACUGGUGGCACCACGACAGCCUGGGCUCCGUGCUGCGGCGCGGCGAGGAUCCCGGCGUGGCGCCGUGGCUGUACGUGCACCUGCGGCACGACUACACCAAGGACAACCGCGACCAGCAGUUCUUCUGCGACGACAUGCAGGCCAAGCUGGGGACCGUGCCGUGGCUCGUGUUCCGGUCGGACAACUACUUCGUGCCGGGCUUGUUCCUGAUGCCACGGCACGAGGCGGAGCUGGGGCGCAUGUUCCCGCGCCGCGACGUUGUGUUCCACCACCUCGGCCGCUACCUGUUCCACCCGAGCAACACGGUGUGGGGCAUGGUGACCCGGUACCACGACUCCUACUUCGCCAAGGCGGACGAGCGCGUGGGCAUCCAGGUGCGCAGGUUCUACUGGGCGCCCAUCUCCACCGACGACCUCUUCGGCCAGAUCCUCAACUGCACGCAGCGCGAGGACAUCCUGCCCGGUGCUGCCGGCGGCGUUCCCGCGACGGCCAAAGGCGGCAGCACCGCCGGAGGCCAGCCUGGGAAACAGAAGGCCGUGCUCGUCGUGUCCCUGCACGGCGAGUACUCCGAGAAGCUCAGGGACCUGUACCACGAGCACGGAGCGGCGGGCGGGGAGGCGGUGAGCGUGUACCAGCCCACGCACCUGGGCUCGCAGCGCUCCGGCGAGCAGCAGCACAACCAGAAGGCGCUGGCGGAGAUGGUGCUGCUCAGCUUCUCGGACGCGGUGGUCACCUCCGCCGUCUCGACGUUUGGGUACGUCGGGCAGGGGCUCGCGGGGCUGAGACCUUGGGUGCUUACGAGCCCCGUGGACAAGAAGGCGCCCGCCGACACGCCGUGCCGGCGCGCCGCUACCAUCGAGCCGUGCUUCCAUGCGCCGCUGGACUACGAUUGCCGGGCCAAAGCAAAAGGUGACGCCGGCAGGAGGGUGCGGCACAUCCGACACUGCGACGACUUCCCGCGGGGUGUGCAGUUGGUGGAAUGA